AUGCAAGGCCACUUAGUGGACUCCACGUUGAUACAUUUUGUCAAUGACAUUAACCUGAUGGAGUUUCCGCAAAAGUACACUUUGGAACCAAAUCAGCAGGUGGAUAAUGACCCGUCCAGCCCGAACGACCAGAUGCGGCUGAAUGACCUGCCCUGGAACCGGAACCUGGAAAACGGCGUGCGCUCCGAACAUCUGGUGAUGGGCUCACCGCGCUACUACAGCCCCAGCAAGUCCAAACGGAGGAGGAUCAUCACCGUGGUCCAACGGCAGGCGGCCAAUGUGCGGGAAAGGAAGCGGAUGUUUAGCCUGAAUGAGGCGUUUGAUGAACUGAGGAGGAAAGUUCCCACAUUCGCUUACGAGAAGAGACUGUCGCGCAUCGACACACUCCGUCUGGCCAUCGUUUACAUCUCCUUCAUGACGGACCUGCUGGAGCAAAACAGUCAAAACAGUCCAAUAUGA